ACAAUCGAUGAUGAUAUAUUUGAAGAACAGGAUAUUAGUUUCUUUUGUCGAAACGGAACAAGCUUGAGUUGUUGUCCUCACUUAGCGAAUAAAAUCGCUUAUAAACAUUAUUCUCGGUGUGCAUCAAUUAUUCUCAUCAAUAAUAGUGGCUAUAAUAUGACAUUAGAUGUUGUAAAUCUUGAAGAUGGUCGUUGGGUCACUUCAGAUGAUUACGGCGAUGAUGUUUUCGACUUAAACUGCAAACCACGCUCACUUUUACCUUAUGAAUCGGAAGCUAUUUCUAGUGUUACAAAUCAGGUUCUUGGUGGAGUGAUAGGUUAUGUUAGUUAUAUAAUUGAUGAUGUUUCUAGAUCAAUCGGGCAACAAGAUAGACAAUCUUAUGAGUCCCUCUUACAAAGGGAGAGACAAAGACAACCAAAAUAUAAUAGUCCUUUCGCACAUAAUAACCAAUAUGGACAACGAGGACAAUAUUCUUACAAUAAUUCCAAUAAUAAUAAUCAUUAUGAACAACAAGGACAAUCUUCUUACAAUAGUUUCAAUAGAAAUGAUUCUCCACCACCUUAUGAUCAAAUUUUCUCUUGA